GAGGCUACCCUCGCUCACACUCACACCAAUUGAGCCAAAACCUCGAGGCAAAACUGCAGACGUGUGAAGCCAACCGGCGGUCUGUUCUCGAGACUACGUACGACUCCUGACCUCCUCCUCUGCACUGAAGCCAACCCGAGGUCUCCAGAUGCUGCUGGGGGACGCCUCUCCGUGGAGCAUCGCCGGCGCGGCGGCGGCCGUGGCGCUACUGUCGUUAGCCGCCUGGAUUCUGGAGUGGGCAUGGUGGACGCCGCGGCGGCUGGGCAGGGCUCUGCGGGCCCAGGGCCUCAGGGGCACCCGGUACCGCCUCUUCAGCGGCGACGCACCGGAGGACGCCCGGCUCAACAGAGAGGCCCGAUCACAGCCCAUGCCGCUCGGCUCCCACGACAUCAUCCCUCGUGUGCACCCCAUGCUCUGCAACGCCGUUAAGGAGCACGGGAAAAUGCCAUUCACUUGGUUUGGCCCAACGCCAAGGGUGAUGAUUUCUGACCCGGAUCUAGUGAGAGAAAUUCUGUCUAACAAGCUUGGACACUAUAGGAAACAAAGGAGCAGCCGUAUGGGGAAGCUGCUAGCCGACGGAGUUGCAAAUCAUGAAGGCGAGAAAUGGACAAAGCACCGAAGAAUCCUCAAUCCUGCCUUUCAUCAUGAGAAGAUAAAGAGGAUUCUGCCAGUUUUUUCUACCUGUUGCGAAGAAAUGGUUGCAAGGUGGGAGAAUUCCAUGUCCGGUGAAGGGUUAUCAGAGAUUGACACAUGUUCUGAGUUUCAGAAUCUUACUGGAGAUGUCAUCGCGAGAACAUCAUUUGGUAGCAAUUAUCAGGAAGGGAAGAAAAUAUUCGAGCUGCAAGGGGAGUUAGCUAAACGACUAAUGCAGGCUUUUCAGACAAUGUUUAUCCCAGGCUAUUGGUUCUUACCAACAAAAAAUAAUAGAAGGAUGAGAGCAAUUGAUCAUGACAUCCGCAUGAUUAUGCGAGGAAUUAUUGGAAAAAAAGAAAGAGCUAUUAAAAAUGGUGAAGCCAGCAGCAAUGACUUGCUAGGAUUGCUGUUGGAGUCAAAUAUGCAACAAUCAAAUGGGAAGGCAGGCCAAGGGAUGAGUAUUGAUGAUAUAAUUGAGGAAUGCAAGCUGUUUUACUUUGCAGGUAUGGAGACAACAUCGGUCUUGCUCACAUGGACACUAAUUGUGCUAAGCAUGCACCCGGAGUGGCAAGAGCUGGCAAGAGAGGAAGUGUUGCAUCACUUCGGAAGAACCACACCAGAUUAUGAGCACCUGAGUCGCCUGAAGAUUGUAACAAUGAUUCUGUAUGAGGUUCUUAGGCUGUACCCGCCGGUAACCUAUCUUACCAGAAGAACUUACAAGGCAACGGAGCUUGGCGGCAUCAAAUAUCCUACAGGAGUGACCCUUAUCUUGCCCCUUCUCUUUAUCCACCAUGAUCCCGAUAUUUGGGGAGAGGAUGCAAGUGAGUUCAAUCCACAGAGGUUUGCUGAUGGCAUCUCGAGCGCGGCAAAGCAUCCGUCGGCGUUCUUUCCGUUUGGAGGGGGUCCUCGGAUCUGCAUCGGCCAGAACUUUGCGUUGCUGGAAGCUAAGAUGGCACUGAGCACCAUCCUCCAGCGCUUCUCGUUUGAGCUCUCGCCGUCCUACACCCACGCGCCGUACACCGUGAUGACCCUCCAGCCACAGCACGGUGCUCAAAUUAGGCUGAGGAAGAUAUGAUCACCCUUCUCAUCGAGCAGUGAAUUUACUUACGUGUUGCGUUUGCGUAGAGUUUAAAGUUUUUUAGCUUUCGGCUGAAUAAACAUAGCAACCAGGCUUACAUGUUGUGUAAAUUUUUUUUUGAAAUACCUGAAUGAAUGCAAAUGUAGUUUUAGUUGAA